AUGGAAAAGCCAGACGGGGGCCCCGAUAAGUGGCACGUUCGCUUCAGAACAUUUAGCAGCUCACAGGAAUCUCGCCCUGUCCAGGAUCUGAGGAGACUCUGCGAGCUGUGCCAUCUGUGGCUGAGGCCAGAUCUUCACACCAAGGAGCAGAUGAUGGACAAGCUGGUGCUGGAGCAGUUCAUGAUCUGCAUGCCGCCAGAGUACCAGGUCUUAGUUAAAAAAAGGGGUGUGGAGAGUUGCAAAGACUUGGAGGAUGUGCUAAGAAAUAAGCAGAAACUGAAGAAAUGGACAGUAGUCCGCGUGCAAGGACAGGAAUUUCUUGUGCAAGACUCGGAUGUUGAGAUGUUUGAAGUCGAGGUCAGGGACAUGGAUGGUGAGAGAGACCUAUCCAGGGAGCCCCAAUCCCUUGUGAGUGUGAUAGCUCCAGAAAACAACCAGCAGGUAAGCCAAGAGCUGCUGAUUCUGCCAGGAGCCAAGGGACAUUCAAGGAGGCAGGACCACAAAGGUCUCCUGCCCCAGACCACUCCUGAAAAGGGUGAAAUGGAGGGUCUGGCACCCAAGGAAUACUUGGAGGAAGACCUGAUGGAAGACACAGAAGAGCCAAGAACCGGUCAAUCUCAAGAGCCUGAACAUCUGAAGGGUCCUGAGGGAGAAGUUUCAACCGAGAAUGGAUACAGAAGAGGUUCUCUGAGGGGUCUAAGACGUUUCAAAAGGAAACGAGCCAACAGUCCCAGUUCCCAAGAAGUGCAUCAAGAAGGAGCCACAUCUUUGGACAAAGGAGAGUUCUCAGGACAACUUGAGUCCCAUUCCGUUUGUUCACCUAGCACGGUGGGAACUACCAGUCUUCCUGAGGGAAAAGAAACCCAGAGAUGGGCACCCUGUGAAUGUAGUGUAUGCAAGAAGAGAUUUCCUUAUCAAUCUCAGCUUACCCUUCACCAGAGGACACACACAGGAGAGAGACCCUUUAAAUGCAACAUCUGUGCCAAAGGGUUCAUGCAGACUUCGGACCUGAAGGUUCACCAGCGAAUCCACACGGGUGAGAAGCCAUACUGCUGUGAUCUCUGCCCCAAGAAGUUCACCCACGACUCCACGCUGCGUGUUCACAAGAGGACUCACACCAAGGAGAAGCCUUUCCGCUGUGAGCACUGUGACAAAGCCUUCAGCCACAGAGGGAACCUCAACGUUCACCAACGCACCCACUCUGGGCUCAAACCCUAUGUGUGCCCCGAGUGUCACAGGGCCUUCCGUCAGCUGGGUGCUUUCAAAUGCCACCGGAAAACACAUGGCAAAUGA